CCGCGUGUUGACUUGAAGGUCAACUCUGCCCAAAGUUCACUCAUCAAAAGCUUUUAUACCCUCCCUAUUCCCUGCCCAGAAGAUGAAAACACAACAACAACAACAAAAACAAAGGCAACCCAAAAUAGAACAUCAAAUCCAUGUCCCCUUUGCUAUUGUUUUAUCUCUUUUAUGCUGCAAUUUAUACAGCAGCAGCAGCAGCUCAACAAAGUUCCACCAACAUAAGCCUAGGCUCCUCCUUAACACCAACCGGCAAGUCUUCGUCUUCAUGGCUAUCACCCAAUGGCCAUUUCGCUUUCGGUUUCUAUCAGCAAGGCAGUAGUGGCUAUGCCGUCGGAAUAUUCAUAGCCGCCAUACCUGAGAGGACACCCGUCUGGACAGCCAACAGGGACAAUACUCCCAUUUUCCCCACCAACUCAACUUUGGUGUUGAAGAGUGAUGGAAGGCUAGUUGUGGAGGUAGGCCAUGGCCAAGGCCAAGAUAUCGACAUUAUUCCUACUGAUGCUCUUCCUAUUUCAUCAGCUUCCAUGUUAGACAACGGAAAUUUCGUGGUCUACGGUUCUGGUGAGAAGAUCAUAUGGCAGAGCUUUGAAAAUCCAACAAACACUCUUUUGCCUGGACAGAGCCUUUUGAAUGGAAAACGUUUGGUUUCCAGUGCUUCAGAAAAUGAUGACAACUAUGGAGUUUUCAUUAUCGCCAUGCAAUCUGACGGAAACCUUGUACAAUAUCCACUCCAAGGUCCAUACAUUCCCCAAAAUGCUUACUAUGCAUCCAACACUGAUGGAACAGGUAGUAAUAUUACUCUAAAUCUUGAUGAAGAUGGUAGCCUUUACUUGAUCAAUUCUACCAUCAAUAUUAUCAAGAACUUGAUCCCAUCAAGAGGCAAUCCAGAGGAAAAAACAAUUUAUAUUGCCAAAAUAGAUGUGGAUGGUAUUUUUAGGGUGUAUUCACAUCCGUUUGGUCAUGGAAAGUGGUCUGUUGUAUGGUCAAAUACGGAUAAUAAAUGCGCCCCAAUAGGCCUGUGCAGGCUGAAUGCUUAUUGCACUAUGAUGGACAAAGAAGCAGAAUGCAGAUGUCUCCCAGGAUUUGACUUUGUAAUUCCAGGCAACUGGAGUUCAGGGUGCAAUAGAAAUUUCAGUACAAGAAGCUGUAAAGCAACAGGUGGAGGUAUUAUCAAUUAUGAAAUGAGAGCAGUGGACAACACAGUGUGGCAAAGAAAUUCUUAUGAAAAUUUCAAAACUUCAACUAAAGAAGAGUGUGAGCAAGCCUGUCUGGAGGACUGCAAUUGUGAUGCAGCACAGUUUAAAGAUGGUCAAUGUGGAAAGGAAAGACUGCCCCUCAUAUACGGAAGAAGGUCGGUUGAUAAUUCUAAUGUAGCUCUAAUUAAGGUUGGGUUUCUUGCAAAUAUUGGAGGAGGAGGAGGAGGAGGAGGAGGAGGUCUAGUUGAUCAUUCCCCAGAAAGCAAAAAACAGCUGCACAAAGCCAUCUUAGUUGUCGGCAUUUCAUUAUUAGCUUUUGCUCUUCUGGUCUUGGCAAUCUCUGGGAUGCUGAUACACAAAAGUAAGAUUUGGAGAUAUAGAGAGAUCUGUGAGAGAGAUAAUAAUGGGCAGUUUUGGGAGGAUGUUGGGCCCCAGGCUUUCACCUAUGCAGAAUUAGAGAGAGUAACCAAUGAUUUCAAGGAAGAGCUUGGCAGAGGGGCAUUUGGGGCAGUUUUCAAAGGAGUGCAGGCAGAAGGCCAGAAAUUAGUAGCUGUGAAGAGGCUAGAAAAAGUUUUGGAAGAUGGGGAAACAGAGUUUCAGAAUGAAAUGAAAGCUAUUGGUAAAACCCAUCACCGUAAUUUAGUGAAGCUUCUGGGUUACUGCAUAGAUGGAGCUAAAAGGCUUCUGGUCUAUGAAUACAUGAGCAACGGAUCUCUGGCUGACACACUUUUCACGCCACAGAAACAGCCAUGCUGGGAGUGGGAGGAGAGAAUUGGCAUUGCUCGAGAUAUAGCAAGGGGCCUUCUGUAUUUACAUGAAGAGUGUGAAACACAAAUCAUCCACUGUGAUAUAAAGCCUCAAAACAUACUCUUGGAUGAUCGAUGUGUGGCAAAGAUUUCAGACUUUGGAUUGGCAAAGCAUAUGAAGCAAGACCAGACCAGAACUUACACAGGAGUUAGAGGAACAAGAGGCUAUGUGGCACCAGAAUGGCACAGAAAGAUGGCAGUGACAGUAAAAGCAGAUGUAUACAGCUUUGGGAUAGUGCUCUUGGAGCUAAUCACUCGUCGAAAGAGUGUGGAUUGGAGCCUUUGUGAUGAAGAAGCUGUUCUUGAAGAAUGGGUAUACAACUCCUUUGAGGCGGGUGAGGUAAGUAAAGUAGUUGGGGAAGAGAAAGUGGAGAAGAGACAAGUAGAGAGAAUGGUAAGAAUUAGUCUAUGGUGUAUCCAAGAAGAACCAUCACUCCGCCCUUCAAUGAAGAAAGUUUUACUAAUGCUGGAGGGGACAGUUGAUAUCCCUGUACCCCCUAGUCCUACUUCAUUUCUUAGUGCUGUGUAAUUGGGACUUACAUUAUCUCAAUCUUUUAUCAUUUUUAAUUUCCUUUUGCUAUUUGGAAUCUCUAAGUCUGUCUUUUUAAUUCUGAUGAAAUCAAUGUAAUGUAUUGCUCUUUUCUUAAAUAGAUGAUAUUUUAAUUA